AUGGGUUCACUCCGACGCACCAAGAACUUCGCAAACGACCCUCAAACCCCGAUAUUCCUCUACACGAUCCUCAAACAGCUGGACCUCAGGUCGAUCAACUGGAAUGAAGUCGCAGGCUGUCUCGGUAUCUCUAAUGGCCACGCCGCCCGGAUGAGGUACAGCCGCAUGAAGUCGCAAUUUGAAGGCACGUCCAACCAAGUCAAGCCCCCGAAACCCAAAAAGGAGACCACCAACACGGCCGACAGCAAGACUUCCAAGACCAAACCCAAGAACAAGCGCCUGAUUGAGGAGGAAGAGAAUGAGCGGCUGGCCAACCAGCGAGCGGCGUAUCAACAUGUCAUGCAACCAGACCAUGACCCCAAGAGAAUCAAAGUCGAGCCCCAGUCCUACAUUCAUCACCCCUGGUAUUCUAUGUACACGCCAGAUGCACCGCAGAUGUACCCAAGCCCAUUCUGGGGUCACCCAACCAUGCCAGUCAAAGCCGUGCCGCAAACUUCGUUCGGAAUGCCUGGGCUCCCUGCUCACAAUGUCAAUCCUACACCUGUUAUCAAGACAGAGCCGAACACGAUUCCGAAAGCUUGCCACGACGUUGAGACGGCGCCUCCAGCCAUCAAGCAGGAGGACGAGGGGUCUGCAGGCGACCGCGGGGGAGCUGACGUCGGCGCCACAAUCGUGAAGAAGGAACCAGGAACAACCAUGGAAGAUGAGGCAUUGGCUACCACUGUCAGCCGCAAUAGUGUCUCAGUCAACUAUCCCCUCUCACGGACGAUCAACACCUUCUUCGGUCCUCAGCAAAGUGUAUCGACCUCAGCACCAAGCCGUUCGUUCCCUGCGGACAUAUCUGCAUUCUCAACAGCACAAAACUUCUCACGUGGCUCUGUCUCCCACCCGCCAUUCUGUGGCCAUAGUCAGAGCCAGAAUGCUCUUCCCUGGUCCACCGCUUGUGCAAGUCAGAAUUCUGUUACCACUUCGACGGAUGAUGCCUACGACCAAAUGGUGUUGAAUCCUUAUGCCGUUUCAUACCAAGACAUGCUGAAUAUGCCGUUGUACAGAGUGUACACAGGGGCAUCCCCUCCGCAAAUGUCACAUGCAAAAGCUCAAAAUAUUGCACCUGCACAUCAGUCGGGUGUGGUUGAAGCACCAAACGCCGGGCAAAAUCAAGACAACAAUCAUGGAUGCCCAUCGUCUACUUCCUCGACAACCGCAACAGCGCCGCCGGCAGGGAACCCGACAACGAAGAACAGCGAUGGAGGAGCCAGCACCAGAACGUCAGUCACGCCGUUGGACACCUUCAACACCUACAGUGAAUCUGCGGCACAUGCAGACACUGGUGGCAAGCUACCAGAUAUUCCCGACAUUGUCGAAGUGGACUCAGAUGAUGAGGGUGAGGGAAAGGUUCAGACUUGUUUGACAACAGCAGCCGAUUGCGUGGCCGGACCCAGGAUCAAGAAGGAGGGUGUAGGGUUGUAA